AUUAUAUUAACACUAAAUUGAAGCUUUGUUAUCCCUCAAAACAAAAUUACGAGAGUACUCUUUCUGUUCUUGUCCAAUUCUCUUUCCCCCUUCAACCAAGGAUCAGGGCAAUUUCGAUUGAAUUGCACAUGGCGAGCGCUGUAGAUGCCUCGGGAAACCCAAUCCCAUCGUCGUCAGUGUUGAUGGCAUCAUCGAAGCACAUUGGGAUCCGGUGCCACUCUGAGAACUUGGAUUUUCUCAAGUGCAAGAAGAAGGAUCCUAACCCUGAAAAGUGUCUUGAUAAGGGUCGCGAUGUCACCCGCUGUGUCCUUGGACUUUUGAGAGAUCUGCAUCAGAAGUGCACAAAGGAGAUGGAUGAUUAUGUCGGCUGCAUGUACUACCAUACAAAUGAAUUUGACUUGUGUCGCAAAGAGCAGCAAGCAUUCGAGCAAAAGUGUUCCUUGGAGUGAAACUAAGCACUGUGUUGUCGAAAAUAAUAACAGCCCAUUUGGAUUGAGCCAAUGCGCCUGUUUUCCAAAAAAUCAUUGAUCUUUUCUGUUUGUACAACAGUGUUGGAAUAUUACCAUUGAGAAUGUUUUUCCUCUAAAAUUUUCUGCAGCAUUGCAUGCAAGCAGGACAAACUAAACCUCUUCAAACAUAAUAACUGAUUAGAAUUUUGUACUGUUGCAACAUGGUUGUAAUUUGGUUAUAUGUUCAAAAUGCAUAUUUCUGAUG